AUGGCUACCCAGUGGAUGUGCUGCCAGUGCAAGAGCACUGGGCGUACCGGCGACCACUGCGACCGCGUGCUUCAGCAGGCUAGCGCCAGCUCCGUAUCCGCUCCAUUUACGAGUCCAAGCUCAUCGAGUUCGACAAUGAACGUCACCUCGGCGUUCAAGGCGGCGGCGGCGGAAGAGACAGAAGGCCAGAAGACCGAUCAGCAAGAGACCAAAGAUUGUGGCGCCAACUACGCCGCCGAUGGCUGCUGCCUUUGA